GGGCGAGGGUCGGGCGGGCGGCGAGCGCGCGAGGCCGGUGCGGGGCGAGGCCGGGAGUCGGGGGGGCGCGGGAGGGGCCCGGGCGAGCCCCCCUCCUCCCCCCUGCCGCCGCGGGGCCAUGCGGGAGUACAAGGUGGUGGUGCUGGGCUCGGGCGGGGUGGGCAAGUCGGCGCUGACGGUGCAGUUCGUGACGGGCACCUUCAUCGAGAAGUACGACCCCACCAUCGAGGACUUCUACCGCAAGGAGAUCGAGGUGGACUGCUCGCCCUCCGUGCUGGAGAUCCUGGACACGGCCGGCACCGAGCAGUUCGCCUCCAUGCGCGACCUCUACAUCAAGAACGGGCAGGGCUUCAUCCUGGUCUACAGCCUGGUCAACCAGCAGUCCUUCCAGGACAUCAAGCCGAUGAGGGACCAAAUCGUCCGUGUGAAGCGAUACGAAAAGGUUCCUCUCAUCCUGGUGGGGAAUAAGGUCGACCUGGAGUCCGAGAGGGAAGUUUUGUCAGCGGAAGGCCGAGCGCUGGCCCAGGAGUGGGGCUGCCCCUUCAUGGAGACCUCUGCAAAAAGCAAGACCAUGGUGGAUGAACUCUUUGCCGAGAUUGUGCGACAAAUGAACUAUGCAUCCCUGCCUGAAAAGCAAGAGCAGUGUUGUACAACUUGUGUUGUCCAGUGAAGGAGAAAGCAAACUCUCCAUCAUGGCCAUGCAGAGCAGAUAAAACUCAGAGGAAAUUUGCACAGAUGCUGCGUUGGAGAACCCUUUUAAGCCCAGGUUGCCGAACUGAGCCUUGCUCAAUCUCGUCUCUGCCUUCAGAGCACGUUUUCCAUGCAUCCGGUGUGAAACAGGCAAGGAGCAGCCAGGGAGAGAGGCAGGGCCUGCUACAAACACUUAGCAUGUUUACCAUUUGAUUUGGGAAUCUGUUCUUGAUCUCUUGGGGUGUUUUUUUUUUUAUAUAUAGCUUUCUAAGUUCCUAUUAAUGGCUAAUAUGCAAAAGUUCAUUUUAAACUAUUUUAUUUCUUGAAUUGAUUUCUAAAUCUUGUAUUUAUUAAACUUUAAACUCAGUAUUACCUACUCAAUGCCUUUUUAAGAGAAAAAAAAAUUAACGGAGAAUAAAAGUGAGCCUUAAACACAAAUGGUUACUUCUGUAUAUUACCUCACAUUCGUGCUUGAUUUGCAAAAACAGAGAGAGAGAGAGAGAAAGAAAGAGAGUGAAAACAAGGUUUCUUCUCCUCUAAAACGUCAUUGAUGGGAACUUUGAAACAUUCUGUUUACAUGUGAUGGUGUCAUAGAAGGAUGUUUUAAGAAUUGCCUGAUACGUGAGGACACAGCAUCCCUUUAUCUCAGCAGCUGUGAUUGGCCUGAUGGGAAAGCUUUUUGGGUGGGGACUGGAGACAUCCAGCAAUUUGUAUGUGUGUUCUCUGUUGUUAUAUGGUAUUCGGGUUUGGUUUUUUUGAAAGAUAAGGCUGUGUUGAAAAUCACCUGUUCAUCUGCUUAUUGCAUUAUCUUCCAAAUGCUGAAAAAUCUUUUCUUGGGAAACGGACAGUGUGUCUUCUUAGGUUGUGUUCCAAAGCAAACGGGAACUUGAGAUUCCUUGACAGGAUUUAAGGUGACUUUGGGAAAGAAAGAAAGAAAGAAAAAAGUGAAUUUAUGCUACUGUUUAACUCUUGUCUCUGUCCAAGAACAUUGAAACAAUAGAUGAGCCGGCCUGGCCUGCUGCUCCGUUGCUUGCCUGCCAUUUUCUCUGGGGUGCAGCCUUGGUUGGUUCAUUAGGCCAAGAGACGAAGCAACGGGAGCCUCCGUCACCCUGGCCUUCCAUGGCCUGCAUCUCACCGAAACGGCAGUUUAGCUAAUUGUGGUCUUCGAAGAGCAACACCAAUUUUGAGCAGAACGAAGAGUGCAUUAGUAGAAAUGGUAGCACCACGACUGUUGUAGGCAUUGGAGACCUUUUCCUAGCACUGAUGUAAAAAGUGUCUUUUUUUCCCCUGCACCAGGUUUAAAAGCCCACCUGGAGUCAUUUGACCAUACAUCUAAUAAAUGUUGACUUCCGUAGCAGCCCAAAACUUAGUGUUAACCAAAUUUCAUCCUUAAAUCAUCUGGGUUGGCAGAUGGCACUAGCAUGCUGUGCCUUGAUCCUGAGCCUUCCCAGCGUUUUGAUCUCUAAAUUCAAAAUGUGCAGUGAAGUAAAGGUUAGGCUUGCACUUUAAUAGAAGUCUCCAAACGAAAAACCCCGUUUUACAGUGCUUUUUACAUUGGCCAAGUAUCAGAUGUGUGCCAAGGGAAUGCAGAAUUCACACAGUGACUGUACCUUAUUUCUUCAGUGGUAGACACGUUGUGUUAACUUCUAAACUUCUCUGUUGGUUGACCUUUGUUUAAAAAAAAAUUAAAUCCAUUCUUUCUCAAUUGGAGUUGGGAGUGGCAAAGAGUUUGCCAUCUGACCUGGGCUGCUUCAGCGCAGCUUGGAACAAGGGCUGGCCGUUUAAAAGAGGAGGCCUCCCUGGUCCUGACGUGCAUCGCAAGGUUCAAAUUCAGGCAGCCUUUGCGCUGUAGGCCUCCCCGCCUGCUUGCUUCAGGCCCUGGACUCCAGAAGGACUCUGGAGCUGCACAAGGCCUCUUCUGGUCCAGCUGAGAAGCUGCUGGUAUGCUUGUCCCACUGAUCUGGUUGAAUCAUGCAGCCCUUGGGCCAAGUUCCCAGGUGAUUAAUCAGGGGAAGAGGGAGGAUCUGGUUCUGGGGGAAAACCCACUUCAAAUGCCUCUUUCUCCACAUUGCACAAUGGGAAGCCAGACGGUGCUCCGGGGGGGGGGGUGGCCAUCCAGGUGCACAAUCCCAGCCAUUGUCGGGAGUAAUUCCUUUCCAGGGCUACUCGUGGCAUCUCCUUCCUGGAUGUGGCACCACAGCCCCGUUCUGCCUAAAUGUUCUCACAAUUUAAUUCAGUGUAUCAAAUGUACUGUACCUCUUUUUUGGGGAAAAGUAAAAAAAAGUCUGGAAAUUUGGCAAGUGCAAAACUAGGACAAUGAUCAAAUGCUUUGUAAAGGUGAACCACCUUUUUUUUUCUCUCCUCGCCCUUCCAAUUUCAUUCAUUCUUAUUUUGUAAGACAACCCUUACAGUCCAGCUGUUUGUAACUUUUUUAAUAAAAUAGAUACCUGUAUUACCAAAA